GCGCUGUUUUUUGGUCCUUGUGUGCAUAUAUUCAAUGGUGAUCCGCACUGUGCUGGGUUGUGUUGGUAGUUGGAGAGUAGUUGGGCGGGGUGUGGCCGCCAGAGAGAGGCUGUACCGGUCAUUAUCAGUGGUGUUGGGGAGAGGCUUCCUCAGCCCCCACUUGGUGAAGCUCUCCACCACUGUAGGACUCGUGUCCUCCUACAGGAGUGUGAGUCUCACCACCAUGGGGGUUAAAGAGCGUGUGGAAUCUAUAGUAAAGUCAGAGGAAGACCAACGCGAGUAUCGGGCUCUUAUCUUGGACAAUGGCUUGAAAGUCUUGCUAAUCUCAGACCCAGCAACAGACAAGUCUGCUGCAUCACUUAAUGUACAUGUUGGUAGCAUGUCAGAUACAAGAGAGUUGCCGGGAUUAGCGCACUUCUGCGAACACAUGCUGUUCAUGGGUACAGAGAAAUACCCUUGUGAAAAUGAGUACAAUAAGUAUCUGUCUGAGCAUGGUGGCUCCAGCAAUGCAUACACCGCUGCUGAUCACACGAAUUACUAUUUCGAUGUUGCUCCUGAUGCAUUCGCAGGUGCACUAGACAGAUUUUCUCAGUUUUUUGUAACUCCAUUGUUUACGGAAAGUGCGGUGGAUCGAGAAGUAAAUGCGGUUAACUCAGAGCACGAGAAAAACAUACAGAAUGAUUAUUGGCGAUUAGCUCAGUUGGAAAAAUCUACAGCUGAUCCAGAACAUGACUUCAGCAAGUUUGGCACAGGAAACAAGGAAACUUUAGAUAUAAUUCCAAAGGAGCAAGGCAUUAAUGUUCGGGACGCUCUACUACAAUUUCAUGCCAAGUGGUACUCGUCUAACAUUAUGGCCGUUGCCGUCCUGGGAAAAGAGAGCUUAGAAGAGCUGGAAGCUAUGGUUAUAAGCCUAUUCACCGAGGUGGAGAACAAAAACGUGACUACGCCAGAGUGGUUGACUCACCCCUUUGGGCCCGAGCAGUGUCGCAGGUUAUGCUAUGUGGUGCCUGUGAAGGACAUUCGCAACCUAUACAUCACUUUCCCAAUUCCAGAUCUUCACCCACACUAUAAAACAGCUCCUGGCCAUUACCUAGGUCACCUCAUUGGUCAUGAAGGUCCUGGGUCGCUGUUGUCAUAUCUGAAAGGUCGUGGAUGGGUCAAUUCACUGGUUGGAGGUCAGAAGUCUGGUGCUAAGGGCUUUGCAUUUUUUGUUGUUAAUGUGGAUUUGACAGAAGAAGGAAUUGAGCACGUUGAGGAUAUUGUCUCAGCGGUGUUUCAGUAUCUAAACUUGUUGAAGAAGGAAGGCCCUCAACAAUGGGUAUUUGAUGAAUGUCGAGAUUUGAGCAGUAUGACCUUCCGGUUUAAGGAUAAGGAGAGACCCCAGUCUUAUACGUGUGGCCUCUCGGAACAGUUACAUUACUACCCACUAGAGGAGGUACUGUGUGGUGGAUAUCUUCUUAGUGAAUUUAAACCAGAGCUUAUUGACAUGGUUCUUGGUCACCUCAUUCCACAAAACAUCAGAAUUGCUGUUGUGGGAAAAGCCUUAUCAGAAAAGGUAACAUGCACUGAAAAGUGGUAUGGAACAUGCUACAAGAUGGAGGACAUCGACCCGGCUCUGUUAGAGCAGUGGCAGUCUGUGGGACUGAAUGAUCAGUUACGGUUACCCAUGAAGAAUGAAUUUGUGCCUACUUGUUUUGACUUGUAUAAAGAUGUGCAGCCAGUUAGUAGUUUACCAGAGAUGAUCAGUGAGACUCCCCUAGCCAGAGUGUGGUAUAAGCAAGAUGAUGAAUUUAAACUUCCUAAGGCUGUUAUCUACACAGAGCUUUUUAGUCCCUUGGCAUACCUUGAUCCUCACCACACUAACCUGCUGCAUAUGUUUGCACAGCUGUUUCGCGAUGCCCUCACAGAGUACACUUAUGCUGCAGAAUUGGCUGGCUUAACAUACUCUCUCUCCAACACUAAAUAUGGACUCACUCUGACAGUGAAAGGCUACGAUGACAAACAACACGUCCUAUUGGAGAAGAUUAUGGAGUGCAUGACGUCUUUUACUGUCGACCCCAAACGCUUCGAGAUCCUUAAAGAUGCUGUAUAUAUCAUUUAUUACUAUUUAAUAUUUGCUCUGAUAUUGUGUUUGUAUCCAACAGAGAUGACAGUAGAGAACUUGGAAGCGUUUAUUCCUCGCUUUUUGUCCGGGCUUCAUAUCGAGAUGUUAAUUCAUGGUAACAUGUUAAAGGAUGCCGCUCUAGCUCUUGCUGGCACCAUUCAAGAGAAGCUGACAACCAAAUCUGGCACGCGCCCACUUGUACCUUCACAGCUCACACGACAGAGAGAAUACCAGUUGAGGGAUGGGUGCAGCUUGGUAUACUUGGCUGAUAACAAUGUUCAUCGCAGUUCUUCUGUUGAAACGUACUUCCAAUGUGGGUUGCAAGACACCCAUCAAAACAUGCUGUUAGAGCUUCUCUGCCAGAUCUUUGCUGAACCAGCCUUUGAUGAACUAAGAACAAAAGAACAGCUUGGGUACAUUGUGUGGUGUGGGAUCCGACGAGCUAAUGGUACCCAAGGCCUACGAGUCAUUGUGCAGGGAGACCGCCAUCCAGAGUACUUGGAUUCCAGGAUAGAAUCAUUCCUGCAUAAGAUGGGAGAAAAUCUAGAAAAGCUAUCUGAAGAUGACUUCUUGCGUCAUAGAGAAGCUUUGGCAAGCCGCCGUUUGGAACGUCCAAAGAAAUUGUCACACCUUACUGCCAAUUGGUGGGUUGAAAUUACGUCCAAUCAGUAUCACUUCGAUCGUGAUGUCUGUGAAGUGGCACAUCUCAAAACUCUCACAAAGCAGAAUGUGGUAGAUUUCUACAAGCAAUGUAUUGCAAGCACAGCAAAUCAGCGAAAGAAGCUGUCAGUGCAAGUAGUGUCUACAGCUCCUGGAGGAGCAGGAGACCCAGAAGUUUCUCGUCCACCCACAACCCAGCCCGAUGAUGGCCUCUCCCGUCCACCUCCACUCAGAGAGACUGAGUUGAUAAUGGACAUUCCAGAGUUCAAACAAGGAUUAGCCUUGUACCCGCUGAUGAAACCUUACUUGCCCCUCUCCAAGACUUCGAAGUCCAAACUGUAACAGUGCUGUUGUUAAAUAUGAAAAUUGUUUUAUCAUCUUAAAUUCUUGUUGAUUAUUUCAACGUGCAAUGUAUUAGUACGCUAAAUAUAUUGAAAAGUAAAA